AUGAAUAAAAUUAUUUAUUUUUUGUUUAUAUUUAAUUUUCUAAAAAUUAUUUAUUCAACAAAAACUGACAAAAUUAAUGAAAGUUUGGAUGAAGUAAUGUCACUCGAAUCGAAAAUAGAAACAAUCAAAAAUCAUAUUGAGGAGCACAUAAAGCUUAAUAAUAUGUAUUUGGAAUAUUUAAAGCAACCGAAAGGCGAAGAAUUUUUGCAAAUUUCAUUGCGUUCAUAUGUCAGAAAUUUUCAAAUGUUUAUUUCCAACUUUUUCGGGAAUAAAAAAAUUGACGACCCAAUUGAAGAAGCCCGUUUAAAUUAUUUAUUGGGAAUACCAAAAAGUGAAGAAGGGGAAAAGGAAGGAUAUGGAUGGUCUAUUGAAUUUGGAAUUGCUUUCAGAAAUGUUUUAGACGGGGCUAAGGAAUUAAUUGUUCAAUAUACACAUAAUUAUAUGCAAAAUAAAUGUACAAUGGAAAAAAUGUUUUGCGAACAUUUUUGUUUUAUAAACUCUGUGAUGAAAGAUAGAAAGCUUUCUGCAAACAAAUAUUGGAGUGAGCAUGCGAAACUAUUCAUAAAAGGAACAGAUAAUGUGAGAUCAAAUUUAACACUUUAUUAUUUUAAAUUAAAAAUGGGUGAUAAAGUGAAUCUCUAA